UGUGUGUCUGUAGGUUGUCUGGCUGUAUGGUGACAGAGGAAGGCUGUGGUUAUUUGUCUUCAGCUCUGAGUUCAAACCCCUCACACCUGAGAGAGCUGGAUCUGAGCUACAAUCACCCAGGACAAUCAGGAGUCCAGCUGCUCAAACACAAACUGCAGGAUCCAAACUAUAAACUGCAGAUACUCAAUGUGGAUCAUGGAGGAGAGAAGAUGAUGAGAGCAGGACUACGAAAGUAUGCCUGUGAUCUCACACUGGAUCCAAACACAGCACACACUCGACUCGUUCUGUCAGAUGAGAACAAGAAGAUCACACGUGUGGAAGAUCGUCAGCUGUUUCCUGAUCAUCCAGAGAGAUUUGAUCGUGUUCAUCAGGUUCUGAGUGUUGAGAGUCUGACUGGACGCUGUUACUGGGAGACUGAAUGGAGCGGACGUGCUGCUAUAUCAGUGUCAUAUAAAGGAAUCAACAAGAAAGGAGGACAGAUUGACUGUUGGUAUGGAUCCAAUGACAAAUCCUGGAGUCUGUACUGCUCUGAUAACAGAUUCUCUUUCUGGCACAAUAAUAAUGAAACUGUUAUUCCUGCUGUCUGUUCAUCCUGUAAGAGAGUAGGAGUGUAUGUGGACGUGUCUGACGGCUCUCUGUCCUUCUACAGCGUCUCUGACACACUCACACACUUACACACACACACACUCACACACUUACACACGCACAACACCACAUUCACUGAUCCCCUCUACGCUGGAUUUGGGGUUAAUUAUUAUUCCUCAGUGUCUCUGUGUGACAUUAAAGAGCCUCCUGUGAGAAUCAUCAGUGAUGCACAAGCUGCCAGAUCUUCUGUGCUCAGAUAUCAGCCUCUGCUGAAGUGUCAGUCUUGUGUUCAUAUCUCUGAUCCUGAUCAGUGGGAUCAGAUUGAGCCGUCGCUCUGCACAGAUGAAGGAGUGUCAAAGUUCAGGGUCAGCACUGGACCGGGCCGUUACGAGUGUGUCAGGACCAGGAUGAGAUGGGUCUGUGAUGGUGACGUCACUCUUCAGUAUCACACCGUAGAUGGACGGUUCCUCAACACAGAGCUAGAGAGACUGCAGUGCAACCGAAUCGCUCCAGUGAUGGACGUGACAGUGAUCUCAGGGAAACUGGAGGAAGUUCAUCUGCCACAUUACAUCUGUUUAGGAGAGUCUGGAGAUGCCCUCAGAGAUGCUGUGAACGUCCUCAGUGUAAAAGAUGAGGGAAUAACCACAGAACCUGUGGAGCUGACACGAUUCCAUGCUAAGAUUGUCCAACCAUCCUUCUCUCUUAAAACAUUAAUUAUAAGAUGGAUACUGCGAUGGGACGAACACUGCAAUCUUCUUCUCUACAUGCAUUCUAAAGAUCCUCUCACUCUACAUGUCUACUUUUUUCCAGCUGAUUAUCGUGCAAAAGAAGAAGUUGAGAAGAUUGAAAAAUCGAGUUAUCUGAUCUCGCAUCCCAGACCUGACAGAGCGUUUCGGAUGAAAACUCCACACAGUCUCGAUGUUCCUGGUGCCUCUGUCCAUCCCAGAGAAGGGAUCACAUUCAGAAGACAAACUGACCCAAACUUCUUCAAGAUCAUGAUCAAGACACGUCUGGAGAACAAUCUUCAAAUGAGUCUUACCAGAGAAGAGGACAAGAAGAUUGUCUGGACUGCAACACUUGAGAAAGAGGAGUUUGAUCAGAAUCAUCCAAAGAGAGACAAGACCCAGAUAGAUGAGACACGUUCACAAAGAGACGAGACACAGAGAGAUGAGACACGUCCACAGAGAGAGGAGACGUAUCCACAGAGAGAUGAGACACGCCUGAAAAGUGAGGCAGAUAAAGCAAGAUAUUUUGAUGACCACUGGUCAGUUCUCAUUCAGAGAGUUACAAAUGUCCAGAUCAUUGCAGAUAAACUGCGUCAGCAGCAACUCAUUCAUGAGGAACAAUAUUCAGAAAUCAUACAGAGUUUAACCCGUCAGGACGGCAUGAGAAAGAUCUGUGAGAUCAUUCGUAAACACGGUGAUGCUGUGAAAGCUAAACUCAUCUCAGUUCUUCAGGAAGAAAAGCUUUUCCACUUUUAACAUCGGUCUGAUUCUACAUUUAGAGCUCAAGGAGCAGAACAGCAACCUCAGACCGAAGUCUUGUCCUCUAGAUGAUAGCAGAAGAAAUGGCUUAUACUUGAUCAGCAAUGAUGUCUUCAAAAUAUUAAGUGAUAUGUAGUCCUAUCAUAUACUUAAUCUCCAAUCUUGAUGAUUUAUGACCCUGAUUUACGGCCUGAUUUAUGUACAUAUAGUAAGCAUUGUCUGACAGGUCAUAUGUCAAAAGUGUACAUGAUCAGUUUGUAUUGAUUUAUGGCUAUAUGGCCUGUCUAUAAAAGUGCUUGCCAUGUCACUGGGUCCUGUCACCCUUGAUUGACAUGACAGAGGUGUGUGUAAAUCAAAAGGUCAAACAGAUCUCAGAUUUGACUUGUGUUGCAUUUAUUACUGGAUAUAUGAUGGUUGUAUCUGUAACCAGAGCUGUGGGGGUUUCUGAGGAAUUCCUGACCUGUUGUUCACACCUAAAGACCGUGCCUACAUCCUGAAACUAUGUUUUAAAUAGGGGUUAAGGAAAUAGUAAUUUAAACAGAGAAGACAUUCUGAACAAUCCUGUUACAAUGGCUGCCGCUGCUCCAAAAACUCCUAAAACCACUAGAAGAGUGAUGCAUAUUUCACCAACAAGAGGGCCUGUUGAAAUGAGAAAGGAACUGACUUUUGCACCAAAGAAAACACAAAGCGUUAGUUUGACAAAGUUUUUUCAUGAAGAGAUUAAUAUGACGACUCGUGAUUUCUCAAUGUCCGGUGAUCGUGUCGGAAGAUAUGUGUUUGACAAAGUGUUCCGUACCGUGAAGAUCUAUGCUAUGGACAUUGAAGACAAUUUUACAACGCAGGAGCCCUGUCUGAUUUUCCCUGACAAAGACUGGUGGUUAUUCUAAAACUACAUCUGGAGAGAUUUGAAUGACUGUGGUGACGAUCCGUUGUACAUUGCAGAAUGGGAUGGCAUAGUUCCUGACACAAGAUUUCGAGUGACACAAGAAUUCUGCUGCAAUGACAAGACAAAGAUCCGUGAGCAUGUGUGGCCUAUACCUGAAGCUAAGCACUACAUGCACUAUGACAUGAAGUUUUUCUUUAAGUGGAAAGAUGUUCAUUGAUGAUGUUUUUACAUCUAUUGAUAAGAUUUUUAGAUGGUGUGAUAUGUAUGAUCGUUACAGCUCUGUAAAGAUGACAUUGUUCCACCCUGAACAGGGCGUUCCCAAGACAACUGACCACCUCUUACCUCCACCCACAUAUUACAGCCAUUAAAAAAGUCUGCAGAUCGGUACACUCGCUAGAUUAACGUCAGCCUCCUGCUACAGCAACACCCCCAAAACCCUGCCUGCAAUGCCUGAUGACAACGCUACGAUUCUGGAAAGAGAGGAUCCAGUGUGGCUUGUCUCAAAAAAUUUGAUUGAUGAAGGCCAUAAAAGCCAUCUGUUCUGGACAACUGUUUGUACACCCCCUCCCCUCCCUGUACACCCCAGUGACCUAGAUAUGAACUUAUGAACCUAAGAAGGAAUUUUGGUGAGGGUGAGGAAAAUGUGUUGGGAUCUAUGUGUUUUUUUUUUUUUUUUUUUAACUCUGGAAAGGGUCAAAUCGUGAAAGUGGUAUAAGGGUUUUUAUUAAGGUUUUAAGUACACAGUGCAUUUCAAGAAAAAGGUUAUAAACACAUGAAAUGGAAACAAUGUAAUCGUUUUCGUAGUUGGAAAAGUGUAAAAAAGUUGUUAAAGUUGUAACAAAUGAAAUAAAAAGAAAACUAGGUUACUGGUUAUUUAUCUAAAACAACCAAACAAGUCAAAAACUAUCAGAUAUGUUUUCGUUAAGCAACACGUGAAAAAGAUUUGAGAGCUUGUAGUAUUGCAGUUGAAAAAGGUGUAAAAACGUUGCUAAAGUUGUUACAAAUUAAAUAAAAAGAAAACUAGGUCCCUGGAUAUUUAUGUAAAACGACUAAAGUCAAAAACUAUCAGAAAAAGGAUAUAAACACAGACGAGACGGAAACAUUGUAAUGGUCAUUUUGUUUUUCGUGCAUGGAAGUGUAAAAACGGUGUUAAAGUUGUUACAAAUUAAAUAAAAAGAAAACUAGGUUACUGGUUAUUUAUCUAAAACAACUAAACAAGUCAAAAACUAACAGAUACGUAUCGUUAAGCAAAACGUGAAAAAGAUGUGAGAGCUUGUAAAAUUUUAAAAAUCUGUUUUGUUACCAGUUAGAAAACUAGGUAACAGAGUUUUAGCAUUUGUACCUUACCUCUUACUAAAAAAAGAAGCGAAUGUAAAGCAGGAAUACAAACCAGAAAAGUUGGUGUUUGUCACGUCGGGGUGAAAAAUUUAAACAAAAGAAAAAAGAUGAUAGGCAUUUACGCUGAUCUAAAAUAAAAUCAAGAUACUUGUCAAAUCUAUGCAGUACUUUACCACUAACUACAAUUUAAAAAAUCUAGACUGUUACUGACAGAGAGUUAAAUGAAAGAAAAUAAAAAUAUCUCCCAGCAGAAUUUGCAAAGCCUUCUGCAAAAAACCUCACAGCACAGCCGACACACUCAGAAUGCUUAUGUCCGCUCCCACUCAAACCACUCCUUCUAACUCUUUCACGCAAAGCUUUAGGUGCAUUUACCGCCACCUAAAGGACAGGAGUGUGGAGCAUUGACCUUAAUGAAAACUAACUCAAACAUAAGAGAUAAAAGAAAUACAAAAAUAAAAUGAAUGAUAAUAAUAAACUUAGUAGUGAUUCAUUAAAUCCUAUUUAUUAACUCUUUGAGAUACAUAAUCAUUGAAACAUUUCUAUAGUCACAUCUUUAUUUAACAUUUUCUAAAAUGAGAUCUGAUUUAUUUCUAUAAUAAGUGCUUGUGUAAGUUGUAAUCUUUCAUUGUCAUAUCUUUUGCAUUUUAUUAAAAUAGGUUCAACUGAUUCAGGAAGAUCACAUUUAACACAAAGUCCAGACACAUGUUUUUCCUCUUAUAAAUAAUGACUGAUUAAGUGCAAUGGGUCCAAUUCUAUGGCGAGAUAUUCCUUUAUAUCCCCAAAAUUCUCCUUUAAUUUCCAACUGUUCUUUGAAUAUUAUAUAAAUGUCGUCCUUUAUUCUCACCAUACCAUUUAAUUUGUUCAUUUGUUGGUGUUGUAAAUGGUGUACUGCAGGUCAGCUAAAGUAAAAAAGUGUGUAUUCACUGAUCAAAGGGUGACAAUUUAAACUUGUGAUCACGAGGUUAGCUGAAAGUUCAUUUACUGGUGAAAUCUUUUACCAAGUCAGACCAUAGAAAAAUGUUGUUUAACAAAAUAUUGUUAACCUCAACAUAGACGUACUGAGAACACAAACAAGUACACAAACACAACCAUACAAUCAUAAACACACACACACACACACACAAAUGUAAACAUACAGAAAACAUGAACAUGUAACCAAACAAAUACAAAUAUACACUCAAACAAGUAC